GUUGCUACUGCACAGCUAUUUUCCCCAUCUCCUGCACGAGAUAUUCCCUUUCUCAGAAGGGGUAACUAUAGGACCCAGAGGGAGGCUACUGGGGCUUUCUGGGAAAUGUCUUCUUCCUUUUUCCAAGAGAGAACACACAAAGGGAAAGGUCCUUCCCCCAUUUGGCCCCUUCUUGCUUUAAAUAUGGUUGUGUGAGGCAACGUUCCUUGGAUCGUGGGGGCCCUUUCCGAGAAAGAGGUGACAAGCCUGGGGAGGAAACUCCAUGGGAAGUAGAUGGCAGGAGAAAUGGUCCUUUAUGACAUCCUUAGGUAGUGUCAUCAGACCUGGAACUGCCAACUUCCAGACUUAUGUGACAUGACAGCAAUUACCCCAUAGAAUAGCUUACCCACAGAAUAGCUGUGAGUGGCUAUUCUGUCACUUGGUCUGAAAAUGCAAUUCACUAAUCUAAACAUGGUUCUGUUCUCUGAAGCCUUGCUCCAGAACAAAGUCCCAGGUAAUAAUAGAGUGCUUUUCAGUCUUCCAGGAACGUGUCCCUAGAGAGUGCAGGGCGGGAAAAGGGAAGUGCUAGCUGAGGAGUAGAUCUGAGCUGCCAGAUUCAUGCAAAGCAGGUAUUCCAAUUCCCUUAGGUCUCAAAAAUGCACGCGGAUCUUGCAGGGCACUCUAUUCAAGCCUCUCCGCCAGUGAGUACCCUUUCCCCAGCACCCACCUACUAACGCGCUCUCUGGCGAACAGACUGGCGGACUCGCCGCCCAGGUAUGGCCAGGAGACGGGGUACGGCCGGGAACCGCGGGGACUGGGCUGGGCUGGGCUCUGACGCCGCAGGCUCCCCUUACCCCUGCAGGAGACGCGCUCACCCCUCCCCACGCCCGUCUUCAAGAGGACCCGCCCUCCCCCGCCGUGAGUCCAGGGAGGCGCGGUCCACGCGAAUCCUCUGAACGUAGGUCAGCUCUAAGCGCGCCGCGUCCGUAUUUCGGAGGACUUUUAAAAUGAAGCACAGGCGCAGGAAAACGAAGAUAGUUCAGGACGUCAGUAAGCCUGUCGUGGCCAGACAGCUAGCACGUCUCUGGUCGCAGAAUACCUGUUCUCAGCCUUCCUUAAACUGCAGGGGCCGGAGCAGCGGCCGGCCCGGGAGACCCGCCCUCGAGACGCGCGCGCCUACUCGUCGCGUCUCACGCACGCACGCACGCUCGUCGCGGGCCCGAGCACGUCAGCAGUACGCAAGCGCACAGCGAUCCCCGCGCUUUUCGGAGGCUUCCCGUCGGCGGCGAGGCGGAGAGGUGAGGACCUCUAAAAUGCAGGUCUCCAACUCUAGGUCUGUGCACCUGAGUGAAUGGCAGAAGAAUUACUUUGCACUUAUGUCUGAUAUAUGUACAUCAGGACAGAAGGCGGAUGCAUACCGAGCACAGAUACUACGCAUUCAGUAUGCAUGGGCAAACUCCGAGAUCUCCCAGGUCUGUGCUACCAAACUGUUCAAAAAAUAUGCAGAGAAAUAUUCUGCAAUUAUUGAUUCUGACAAUGUUGAAUCUGGUUUGAAUAACUAUGCGGAAAACAUUUUAACUUUGGUAAGAUCUCAGCAAACUGAUAGUGACAAGUGGCAGUCUGGAUUAUCAAUAAGUAAUGUUUUCAAAAUGAGUAAUGUACAGGAGAUGAUGCAAGCUGGCAAAAAAUUCAAAGACUCUCUUUUGGCACCUGCUGAUGCAUCAGUAGUAAUCCAUAAAGAAGCCGCUGUCUUUGAUCUUCCUAAAUUUAGCAUUUGUGGUGGUUCUGGGGAGAGUGACCCAUUAACUAAGUCAGCUCUUGGUAUAGAUAGGACUCAAGACAUCCCAGAGAGCAGUCCUUCUUUGAAGUGCCCUCAGAAUGCCCAGCCACCUAUGGUGACUAAUGCCACUAAGAUGUGUUCUAUAUUCUCAACACCUUUUGGUGAAUCAGGCACUGCAAAAUUCCAUGCCACACCAUUGUUUGGCAAUGUCAAGAAGGAAAAUAACAACUCUCCAAAAGCCAACAUAGGACUAAAUAUGUUCUCAUCUAAUCAGUCUUGUUUUCCUUCUGGCUGUGAAAAUCUACAGGAACGGAAAGCUUUUUAUGGUUCUGGCAUCAUUGAUGCACUUUCCACCCCAAUACUGAGUAAGGCUCCUACUAAAACAGAAGAUACUGGCCAAAGGGAGGAAAGCAGCCUGCCUACUUUUAAAACUGCAAAAGAACAAUUAUGGGUAGAUCAGCAAAAAAAGCACCACCAACCCCAGCGUGCAUCAGGGUCUUCAUAUGGUGGUAUAAAAAAGUCUCUUGGAGCUAGUCGAUCCCGAGGAAUCUUUGGAAAGUUUGUUCCUCCUGUACCUAAGCAAGAUGGGGGAGAUCUGAAUGGGGGAAUGCAGUAUAAGCCUUAUGGUGCAGGACCUACAGAACCAGCACAUGUGGUUGAUGCACGUCUGAAGAACUUGGAGCCAAAGAUGAUUGAACUCAUUAUGAAUGAGAUUAUGGAUCAUGGACCUCCAGUAAAUUGGGAGGAUAUUGCAGGAGUAGAAUUUGCCAAAGCCACAAUAAAGGAGAUAGUUGUGUGGCCCAUGAUGAGGCCAGACAUCUUUACUGGUUUACGAGGACCCCCUAAAGGAAUUCUGCUCUUUGGUCCUCCUGGAACUGGUAAAACGCUAAUUGGCAAGUGCAUUGCUAGUCAGUCUGGGGCAACAUUCUUUAGUAUCUCUGCUUCCUCCUUGACUUCUAAAUGGGUAGGUGAGGGGGAGAAAAUGGUCCGUGCGUUGUUUGCUGUUGCAAGGUGUCAGCAACCAGCUGUGAUAUUUAUUGAUGAAAUUGAUUCUCUGUUAUCUCAACGGGGAGAUGGUGAGCAUGAAUCUUCCAGGAGGAUAAAAACCGAAUUUCUAGUUCAGUUAGAUGGAGCAACCACGUCUUCUGAAGAUCGUAUUCUAGUGGUGGGAGCAACUAAUCGGCCACAAGAAAUUGAUGAGGCUGCCCGGAGAAGGUUGGUAAAAAGGCUUUAUAUCCCCCUCCCAGAAGCUUCAGCCAGGAAACAGAUAGUAGUUAAUCUGAUGUCCAAGGAGCAGUGUUGCCUCAGUGAAGAGGAAAUUGAACUGGUUGUACAGCAGUCUGAUGGGUUCUCUGGAGCAGACAUGACACAGCUUUGCAGAGAAGCUUCUCUUGGUCCUAUUCGCAGUUUACAAACUGCCGACAUUGCCACAAUUACACCAGAUCAAGUUCGACCAAUAGCUUAUGUUGAUUUUGAAAAUGCUUUGAGAACUGUGCGACCUAGUGUGUCUCCAGAAGAUUUAGAGCUUUAUGAAAACUGGAACAAAACUUUUGGUUGUGGAAAGUAAAUGGGACACUUAAAAGAUGGCAUCUUGGUAGUACAAUCUUUUCCAUUUUUUAGCAUAGAAAACUGGGAAUUUAUUAAUUGUGGUUUUAGUGUAUAUUCUGAAUUCUGGACCUUAGAUAGAAUAACAAUAGCUUGUUUGACAGUUGACCUAGCCUAUGUUAUUAUAAGCUUUAUUUUUUUUUCCACUUAUUGCCUGAUGCGUAAGUGGAUUCAUACGAAACAAGAACGAACUUUUUGUGACGUUACUAAGAGGUCUUUCUUUUGAAGAUGGAUAACAUGAUGAAUAGUGAGCUCAAAUUGAAACUUUUUUAACUCUCAUUUGUAUAUGAUGAUGUAUCUGAUUUAUAUUCAUCUUUUAGUGAAGAAAGAGUCUUCUGAAGACCACUUGAUUCUCAGUGUUUGCUAGUAUAAUGGUUUGCAUUUGAGACAGAAUAUUGCUUACUGUUGUUUAAAUAGACUUAAGAUCUCACCCAAAGCUAGAGUGAAAGUGCUAGUUUUCACUUUCUUCUGGUUUGUGACCUCUUAAGGGUUUUUUUGCUUACCAGGAUUAACUUGAAUAAAAAUAUGUUCAGAAAUAGCAAGGUGUAAUCCAAUAUCAGAGACGUAUCCACAGAACUGAAAAGUGAAGAAUAUUGUAUUUUUCCAGGGGGUAUGUGAUGUUUAAAAUUAAUGGUUUAUUUGACUCUACUUCACAGCCUAUAGUAUUGCUCCCUUUCAAAAUAAAUGUUUUAAAAUUUUGGUAAUGGA